AUGGAUGAAGACGUCAGUGUUGAUUGGAUUUUGAAAAAAAAAGAUUUUGUUCUUCAACCUUCGGUUGAAUUCCAAUCAGUCUUAAAUCAUCCUCUCCAACCAAAGUCUGCUUAUUAUAAGAGUGAGGAGACGAAAAGUAAAAAGAAUGAGGAAGUUGUGGAGUUUAUAGAUCCAUUAGGUGUUACGGUUGAGGAUGAAGUGUCGUCCGGUCCUUCGGGGUCAAUGGUUGACAUGGAUGUCUUGAUGUCUAAAGUAUCAGUUAAGAGGAAUAGUUUUGUAUUGGACAACACGCUUGAAAGUAAACCAACAGAUAGAGUCAUAAUUGACAUAAACUUACCUGACUUUGAGCCUUGGCGAACAAAAAGAGCAGAAAUCCUUGCAAACUUCAGUACCAAUGAAAAAUUGACAAUAACUUCUAGUUUUCUCAGUAAUUCUAAAUCAAGAGCACCUAUAUCGGACAAGAGACGAAGAAGAAUGGAAAUGCUGGAAGACAUGUCGGGUUUGAAAAAGAUAUCAGAGCUCUCGCAAGCAGAGUUUGUUAGUCAUGUUAAUGAGCUUCGAGAAUUGCUUAUAUUUGCGUGGGACAACAAUAAGAGAGUAGAAGCUAUACGGAUUGUUACCGAAGUUGCUCGGAUGCUUUCGUCUCAAGUCAACAGCCAGUUUUAUCCAAAUCAAUGGGUUCUAGUCACUGAUAUCCUGGAUUUGUUUGGUAAACUGGUCUAUCAUCGAAUCCUGUCCAAAGCCAACGAGGAGAGGAACGCAAUGGGGAAACCGUUGUUGGUAGACCAAUUCGACUCAGCAGACAUCCCUGAGAAAGCAACAGACAUGGUUAAGAAUUGGUUUUGUAAAAUAGCUGAUAUCAAAGAGAUCAUUCCUCGGUUCUAUGUUGAAACUUCUCUCAUUUGCUCUCUGAAGUUCUUGGACUCUUCUGAUCGUUGUCACGAGAAUAUGAUGAGGCUCUGCGCAAUGACAGGAAAGUUUCCACAGCCUCUGCUGGGAGCCUAUGCGAGGGCGUAUGUCUGCAAAAUAGCCAUGAGCUUCAAUAGUUCCGAUCGGUCUAUUCAUUGGAGAGCUUUGAACGAUUCCAUGCAACAGACGACUAUAUACUCGCCGGAAUUAACAUCUCCAGCCUAUGAAUGGAUAAUCCAGUGUGUAUCGUAUAAUGCUACAUCAAUCGAUGAUCUCGGUCCUCUCUGGGAGUAUGCAAAGAUGGAUGAUAAGCGAUUCCUAGUUUCAAUUUUCAUUAAGUCAGCGCCUGCUCGGUAUGUCUCAAGCCUGGCUACUGCAUUCUGUGAACUGGUCCUAUACAAGAGUCCCUCAGUGAUCGAUAUUGUCAAUUUCGGUGAAAGGCUUCUGCUCAAUGAUACUCCUGAGCUGUUCAGGAAUGACGUUUUACUGCGGAUAACAAAAGUCUUGUUGAAGUUCCCAAGUUGUGCCGACUAUGUGUAUGGUUAUGCGACUUGGAGCAAAUACGUUGGAAGAUAUUUCGACUUCGCUGACUUGUGUGAUGUUGCUUAUGGCUUGUCUCUACGAUUGCAAAGGGAAAGAAGGUUCUCCGAUAAAACGCUGAAAUUGAUAGUGGAAAUUAUUAAAAAUUUGGUGACAAGUAAAAAGUUCUCGUAUGAACUCCUUAAGAAUGAAGCUUUUCAAACUGUUUUGGAUUAUGUGAGAGAUGAACCUCAUGCUUCCAACUGUGCCAAAACUAUUCUGACCGAGUUCAUUCGUUCCAACAAUCAGAGCUCUCUGAAAGAUUUUUCCACAGCAGACUUUGUGUUAGAAGAGUGCCGCAUACUAUGUGAUAGUAUAAGCCCAGAUACAGACGAUGACGAGAUUCGCUACUUAACAAACCUUAUAUGCUCGACCCUUGAUCGAGUUUGUUAUACGGAGGAGGUCGAGAAAGGAAUGGCAUUGUUGAUACGAGCCCGAGCUCAGCUUGGAGAAAUACCAGAAGUUAUCAAGCAUGUCGUCUUCCUUAUGAUUGACUUCACCAUGUAUGUAGAAGUGAUUUCUCCUGAUCAUAAACGGAAGGCUAAUUUUUCGAGAUCUUGUUUGGCCAACUUGUUCAUCACGAUAGCCUCCAUUGAGGAGAAAGAAGUCCGCGUGACGGCUCUGAUCAGAACCAUCUAUAUCAGCUUGUUGGCUAAUUCCUUACCCCAGUGUUAUUCGGUUUGCAAUGCUGUUCUUAGUACGAUGAGCGGAUUGGCUAUGACCUCACAUCUUCUAGAGCAGAUGAAACACUUCUUAUGUGUCCUCGUUUCUGUUGGUGGUCCUCUAGACCUGAGUCCUAUGCACUACUACGAUAGUCUUGUAGAAAUUAUAGAAAAGAAAGCACUGAAGGAUGUUUCUCUUAAAUUUGAUGCUUGGCUAUCCUGCUUGAGCUAUUUACUUAACUGUCUCAACCCUUCGCCCGAAUCGAAGAUUGUGGGAGUCGAUGCAAACGACACCUUAUAUGGGCUUUCUGAUCAAUAUUUAUCCUUAGUGAAUGAGAGAGUUAGCCAAGCCAUGAACUCUCUCAUAAGCAUCUUGGACAAAGAAGAUGAGAAGAAACCUCAGUUCUCCAUCUCCCUAGUCGAAUUUGUAGUUGAUAAUUUUGAGUUGAAUAAUAAGGUAGUGAAAAUGGUUCUUAACUUGUUAAAACGUGUCAUGAAGAGCGGGACUUACGAACGCCGGAAAUGUGUCCUUCGAUCUAUACAUGGGGCUACCUUCCCAUACCUAUCUCCUUGUCCAUUUCCUUAUACGCAACAUCCACUUUCAGUCAUGUCCCUAUCGGACCUAUCUUUUGAUGAUGAUUUUGAAAUGGAUUAUGUAUCAGCUAGCCCUGCUACAAGCGGCAUGAAUAAACCCUCCACGAAUAUGCAGGCUUUUACUUUUGAAGACGGUAGCGAGCAAUAUCAGAGACUCCAAGAGGAAAUGAAUGAAGUUGAUGAACUGGCUGGUCAGCUCAAAUUCGCUCUUGAGCUUCGUGUCAAGAUGGAAGGUUGCUCCAGCUCAAGGAUGAACGAUGAUGCUGUUAUAAGUUCUCACUAUCAGGUUCAAUGCUUAUCCAGUGAGUCGUUCAUUUUUGUUCUCCAUUUGAAGAACAACAGCAUUAAAGCUUUAUCGGAUUGGUUUCUAAUUGUGACUUUCGAAUGCUUAGACAAAAAAGGAGUCGCUUUGAGCCAUACACUCGAGUUGUCUUACUUGGAGCCCAAUCAGACAAGAUGUUUCGAACUGUUUCUUGAGAAGAAGUCUGUCGAAAUGCCUAUUCUAGUACGGAGUAAACUCAUAAGAAAAUUCAAUCUCUUCAAUUCUUCUCGUAUUUUGAGGAUUUCACUGGAUCGUGAGGUGAUAACUCAUCUUAACUUUCUGAAGUAUGUCUCUGAUGACAACAUUGACAAGAAGAAUUCGUUUGGAUCUUUCUCCCAUAUCAUCCCAACUUCCCUCUUGAAUUUAUUGAGUGGAUGUCCGGAUGUGGUACAGCCUGUGCAUUUUUUGAACUUUGUAUUUGGAGUUGGUACACCUUGGUCGAAUCUGAACGCUGAUCAAUCCGUAGCUAAUGGUUCAAUCGAUUUGUUCCAAACUUCUCAUCCAAUUCGUAUUGAAACACGACUCUGCGACGAAACCUACAACGAGACUUAG